AUGACCACGGGAUUCGCCUUCCAGUUCUGCAACGUCUCCGCCCACGCCGACCUCCUCCUGGCCACCGCCAACGGGACCGCCGCGGCGCCGCCCACGCAGACGUACCUCGCCCGGCCAUGGAAGCAAUACUCCCGGGUGGUGUUCAUGCAGUCGUACAUCGGCGACGUGGUGCGCCCCGAGGGGUGGCUCGCGUGGGACGGGGACUUCGCGCUCGACACGCUCUACUACGGGGAGUACAUCAACACCGGGCCCGGCGCCGGCGUCGCCGCGCGGGUCAAGUGGCCCGGGUUCCACGUCAUGACCAGCCCCUCCGAGGCCGGCAACUUCACCGUCGCGCAGUUCAUCGAGGGCAACAUGUGGCUGCCGCCCACCGGCGUCAAGUACACCGCCGGCCUCACGUCCUGA